AUGGCUGAGGAGCACUGCCAGGCUGGGGGCCCGCCAGGCACAGAUAGCAAAGGGGAGGACCUUGCCCAGGAAGAGUUUGAACCCCUGCUCUGGGCACAGCCUCCAUACCCACAGGGGACAGCCAUGGCAGGGGAUGGGGAGCUCAGCCGCAUCAUCAAGGACCUGCAGAGUAAGUGUGCCAGCUUGUCCUCUGCCAGUGUGUCUCGUGCAUGGGCAAGUUCCUCUUUCACCAGCCAGCAGAAAUCCCCAGGACCAGAAGCUAGGAAGCAGCGGGGAGGGGAGACGGGAGCCGGGAGCUGCACAGCCUCUGUGCCCAGCUGGAGUUCCUCCUCCAGUUUGACCUCAAGGAGAAGAGGAGCUUCUUCGGGCAGCGCAAGGACUAUUGGGACUUCUUGUGCCAGGGCCUGGCACGGCGCCGGCAGGAGCACGAGGGCGUUCGCUUUGUCACCUCCCUCGACAAGGCAGGCAUUCACCCUGGCACUGAGGAUUUGCCUGCUGGCACUUUCUCCCCUCUGGGAUCCCCACUGCCCCACAGACCUGGCCCUAAGGACCCCCUUCCCUGCUACAUGGGCUGAGGGGGAGGUGUGUGGGGAGCAGGCUGGUGUGGCAGGGCUGGAUAACCCCCUCUCCCCUCAGCUGAAGACUUCUGUGGGCAGGGGCCGAGCCUUCCUGCGGUACUGCCUGGUGCACCAGCAGCUGGCAGAGUCCCUGCAGCUCUGCCUCCUUGACCCCGAGAGCCUUCGCGAGUGGUACUACGCCCGCAGCCCCUUCCUGAACCCCCAGAGCCGGACAGAGAUCCUGGGCAGCCUCUACGAGCUGGACAGCAUCACCUUCCACCUGGCCCUGCACAGGCCUGACCUGGACAUUGCCUGGCCCAUGUUCUCAGAGACACUGGUUCGGCCCACCCCAGUGGCCAGGAGCAGCCCAGCAAAGGUAGCCCUGCAGACAGGCGAUACCAGUAUCGGGGAGCAUGAAUGGCCUGAUGGCAUCAUCCAUCCCACCACAGCAUCACACAAGGUGCCAGCUUGCCCAUGCUCACCUGCCUUGGCUGCCCCAAGGGUGGGGGGUUUAGAGGUGGAGGACAUGGAGGUGAAGAAGGACAUGGAAGAGGAUGAAGAGGAGGUGGAGGAGGAUGAGGCUGAUGAGGAGGACUCGGAGGUAGAUUUGGAGGAGGAUGUGGAGCUGGAGAAGUACAUGGAAGAGGAGGAUGAAGAGGAGCUAGAGAAGGAUGAGAAGGAGAUGAAGGAUGUGGAUCUGGAGGAGCUGGAGGUUGCACACAGUGCUGGCAAGACACCCCAGCCUGAUGGUGAUGGGGAGCCUGGCACGUCCCUGCCGCCUGGCACACGGUGCAUGUCAGGCUCCUUGCUGCCGGCACCUGGGCAGCUGGGCGGGACAGAGGCGUCCCUGCGGGCACUGGUGUCCCAGCUGCAGGCUGACCUGGAGCAGCGGGAAGCGGCGUGCCGGGCACUGGCGUCCCGGCUGGCACGGGAGAAGCGGCGGCACUGGCGGCAGGAGGACAGCAGUGCCCGGUGGGCCCAUCUGCAGGCGCGGGAGGCAGAGGCGCUGAGGGACACCAACACCUUCCUGCAGAAGGUACUGGAAGCGACGGAGAGCCCAGGGGCACUGGCCCGGGCGCAGGAGGAGGCGCGGGGCUGGCAGGAGGUGGCGGAGGAGCGGGGUGCCCGGUUGGCUGGGGUGUUGGCAGAGGCGUCGGCGCUGGCCUCGCGCCUGCAGCACUGCCAGGUGGCACUGGUGGCAGCUGGACGGACGGACACACUGGAGGAUGGCAGCGUCCCCGGUGAGGUGGCCACGGUGAAGGAGGUGCUGCAGCAGGCGCUGGAGCUCGCCCGCGGCUCCCAGGAGCUCUCGAUGGACCGUCCUCAGGCGGAGGGGGAGCCCGGCACUCUCACCAGCAUGGCCAUGCACCUGGCCACCCUGGCCACUGCAGCACGGGAAGAGGCCCAGCAGAGCCGGCAGCAACUCCAGGCCCAGCGGCAGGAGGUGGAGAGGCUGCAAGAGCAGCUCAGCAGGGCCCGGCAGGAUGGGGAGCGCUGGGCAGCAGCACUGCAGCGGGCACAGCGGGAGGCCCUGGAGCGGGAGGCCCUGCGAGGUGCAGAGCAGGCACGGCAGCAGGAGCUCAUCCGUGACAUGAAGGGGAGGCUGCUGGAGCUGCUGCGGGAGAAGGAUGCCCUGUGGCAGAAGACAGAGGGCAUCGACACCCUGAUGCCCAGCCCUGCACCCCGUGAUGCAGGGCUGUGCACCCGCUGCCACAAGGAUUUCCGCCUCCUCUCCCGGCGGUACAACUGCAGGUGGGCUAUGGGGGGCACCAGGGGUGGCACCAGGAUGGCAGCUCUCACCACCCACUCUCUUGGCAGGCUGUGCCAGGGCAAGGUGUGCCACACAUGCUCCAUGGAUGUGGGCAAACAAGGGCGCUGCUGCCUGCUUUGCUACCAGCAAAGUCACCAGCAGACUAUGUGA